AUGAAUGCCGCCGACAUCUACCGGCAAGCCCCAGGCUUCAAUGCCUACCUCCCUCCUGGCCCACCAGCUGCACAUCUCCCUCCGCAACCCUUUUCCUAUGCAGCACCCCGGUCUGCGCCCCCGAUUGCCGCUCCUCUUCAACCCCGAGGAAACCAGCAGCUCGACGAUGACGAUUCUUCUUCGCAUCCCGCUCGCAUCGCCCAUACUCUAACCGCCUGCUGUCGUUGCCGUCAAAGGAAGACGCGAUGCGAUCCCACCCUUCCCCGCUGCUUGCCCUGCGAGAGGUCCGGCUCCAUAUGUGAAUACUACGACGCGUCCAAGGGUCGCAAGAUUGGCCGCAACUACGUCGUCAAGCUCCAGGAAAAGGUCCGCCAGCUCGAGGCCGAAUUAGCUCAAUACACCGACGAGGACAACGACCGGCCCCGAACCAACGAAGAUGUCGUUCGUCCAGGUGGCCUGGUCCGUCUUCCCGGUUCCGAUGAGCCCCCGCGAUAUCUCGGCCCGAGCAGCGGCAUCGCGAUGACCCGCCUCGUCAUGGAGCAGGCGAAGGCUUUCACCGACUCCAAGCGCAUCUCGGACCUCAUUCCCGAAGUUCGCGCCAGGAGGCAGACCCGCAUGCAGUCUAUUGUCAUGACAAACCCCGUAAAGCGGAAGAAGAGCUAUCCCAUCACCAGCGCCCACCCGGCCAAGACCUUACCCGCCCGCCACGUUGCCAACAAGCUCGUAGAUAUCUUCUGCCAGCGCUCCCAGGUUUUUUGGCCCACUUUGCACGAGAAGCUAUUCGUCCGUGACCUCGAAGCCGUCUUUUCUGGCGACUCUGAUCCCCACAAGAACUUCGUCUGUCGUAUGGUCUUCGCCAUCAGCCUCCAGCAGCUCGGCCUGCACUAUGCUGGUCUCGCCGACAGUUACUACCUCGCUGCCAUGGACCAUCUUGAGAAGGUGGUCCGCCCGAAGGAUGUCAAGACGCUGCAGUGUCUGGCCCUCAUCUGCCAAUACUCCCUCUUGACCCCGACUCGCGUUUCCGUUUACUACGUCAUCGGUAUGGCCACGCGCAUCUGCCAGGCCGAAGGGCUCUGCGACGAGAAAACCAUCUCCGCCAGCUACUCCAUGGGUCUGAUGGAUCCACUGACCCUGGACAUGCGGCGCCGGCUUUUCUACAUCAUAUCCUCCAUGGAACUGGGUCUCGCCUACAGCAUGGGUCGCCCGAACGGGCUCGCCAAGGGCGAUGACUUCAUGGACGUCAAGCCCUUUGCCCCAGCAGGCGACGAGCACAUAACCGAAGAAGGCAUUCUCCCGGCCCCGCCCAGUGAGAAGAAGGUCAUUGCAAUUCAUUUCUUCAGAAUGCGGGUUCUACAGUCGGAGAUCAAGCGAAUCCUCUACGAGAAGAAACGGCCGGAGCCGCGAAAUGAAACCCAUCCGUGGUUUGCCAAGAUGGAGAAGGACAUCCAGGACUGGAUCGAUGGCUCGCCGCAGAACCCAGCCUGGUGCAAAGCAUGGUUCACCGGCCAUGCCCAACAACUGCGCAUCUUUCUCCACCGCCCGUCCCCGCAGGUUCCCAAGCCCUCAGCGCGGGGCGCCGCGAUUUGUUACGACGCUGCCUCGUACAUCAUCAACUUGUCCAAGUUCCAGAUGGAGAAGUCGGCCACCGACAUCACCUGGAUUUUCGUUUCAAAUCUGUUCAUGUGUCUGAACACCCUCCUGUGGGCUGUCUCGUACGCCGACAUUAGGCGGGCACAUUCCCGGGAGGAAGUGGACGAACUUAUUCAGGUGACUCUCGACAUUCUCGACCAAGAGCCGUGCUCCCAGCGGUGGCCGGGGUCCUCGGCGGCCUCUCACUUGUAUUCCAUCAUGGCCAAAGCGUGCCUGCAGGUCUACGACGACGCGAAGGAGCCGCCAACAGCGCCUCCGAAUGCCUUCUUCGACGUUAACAUGCCCCGUGACGCCGACCUGUCAGCAGCGCCGGGCACGCCAUUCCAAGGCAACGGUAAUUCUGGCGCUCCGCAAUUCGGGGCCGUCUUCAAUGCGACCCCGGAAGCAAUGAACGCCUUUGGCUACAACAGCAACCAAAACCAUCCCCCACACCCAACCUUCCGGUCCAAUUCCAUCUUCAUGAGUCCCGCCUCCAACGAGUCGGGAUCGGGUCGCCGAUGCUCCGCGUACCCACCGGAGUCGCCCAUGGACGACUCGACUCCGCCGGCCUUCAAUCCAGGCCGUUUGCCGACGUCGGUGACGCCGGGCCCCAAUGGCACCGUGAACGCCAUGCCCACUCCCCCGGAAUCACUCAACGCGUCGAUUCGUUCAGUCGAGACGCCGGGUAGCGCGAGAUCCACAGUCUCCCCGCCGUCCGGGGCGCAUUCGACGCCGACCAUGGCUCACUCGACGCCCACCAUGGCGGAUUCGUCUCCGGCUAUUCCAGGGCCCAACAUCGUUCACCCCACGACCACGAACAUGUCACCUCCACCCCCUCCGCAACCUAAAAUGCCUGGCCAAACCCAGGCGCCUCAACGCGGGACCACGUUCGUCGUGCCCCCGGCCCCGCAACCCAGCAUUCCACAACGGCCCCUUCCUUCCGACGGUACCAUCGACUGGUUCGCCCCGCCGCCGCCAUUUAUGUCGCCAUAUUCUUUCAAUCCGAUGAGCAACAACGGCUUCUUCAACGACGUUCAGAUGAACGGCUUCGGCAACGUCCAAGGGGCCGGACUGGGCUUGGGGCCGUUCAGCAACAUUGGUUCCUUCUCCGGUCAGCCGGUGGGCUGGAACCCGGAGCGCCACGGCAGCCUGACACAGGAGCAGCAAGUCGAACUUAUGAACGCGUUGGAGAAUGAAGGACUGGGCGAAAUCGACGCUUUCUUGAGUAUGGAUACGAACACCACCCCUGGUAUCCCCACGAGCAAUGGCUGGUCUUGA